AUACAUAUUUGUGGAUUUGAUGAUAUGGAGAGAUAUUUAACGUUACUUCUGUUUCUACAACCUAGCUGGACAUUAUAUGAAAGUUUCCUUUGCCCAUCUUUAUCUGAGUGGAGAUUUAGAUCCAGUUGGUACUGCAACAGUACAUCAAAAGAAAGAUAUACAUGUUUGUACCAUGAAAUUCAACAAACAUAUGUAGAAUCUUGUAUAUAUAAACCUGACUCAUUAGAUCCCGGUGAACAGUACAUUAUAAGUCAUCAUCCUCGAGGUGUUAACUGCAUAAACGAAAACAGAUUCCAGCCAUUCCGAAUCUUGUUAAAUGGUGGUCCUGAAUGUGUUUUUAGACGUUCUGUGUGCAGUGAAGAAGGACAAAUUAUAUUCAAUAAUGGGACCUCUAAAGACGAUCGAUCAUGUCGGUGUAAUUUUGAAAAAGGUUUUGCUUUAAAUAUUACAACAAAAUAUCCGUGCCUAUGUAUACCAUCAGAGGAAGAUUGUUCGUGUUACAAAAAACAUUGUCCAAUUGGUUACGUUCUGACACCUGAUUAUGUUUGUGUUCAUAGAAAUAGCAGAACAUAUAUCUCUUCUUGUCCAGACAUAGGUCCAAGACGGUAA